CUACCCUAUGGCAGCCUCAUAUUCUUGUUUUCUUCUUUGUUUACCGUUCCACUACCAUACCCACAAACGCUGGUUUUAUCAUUAGGUAGAAAAACCAACGUUUUACGGGCGGCGGUGGACGGUUAGUGGUGGUGGUGGGGCCCGGUUCGCGUAUUAUAAUGACCAGAGACCAUAUUAUGGCAAAUGGGAAGAAAUCAACUAAGAAAAUAAUGGUGGUGGCUGAUCCAACUCGUGAAUCAGCCUCUGCCCUUCAAUACGCGCUUUCCCAUGCAGUCGCGGAAAAUGACACGUUGAUUCUUCUGCAUGUUGGUAAUCCUAAUGCAUGGAGGAAUCUCCUUGGUGCCUUGAUCAAGAAGCCAUUGCCAAACUCGUCCACGUCGACGUCCACAUCCACGUCCACGUCCCCAUCGGAUGGUAGUCCGUUCAGUACUUUCUUUAGAAAGUCAUUGACAAACAUAACAUCACCGCCGCCAACAUCUGCGGCCUCUCAUGGUGCCGCGGAAGACGGUGGUGAUGAUGUCAAAGGGUGCACAGGAAAGGGAUACAUGGAUUUUCUUGGUACAAUGAAACAUGCAUGUGAAGUUGCACAACCUAAGAUAAAAGUUUGUACAGAAACAGUAGAUAUGGAUGGUAAUGCAAAGGAAAAAGCUACUGUCAUUCUUGCUAAAUCUGCAUCUUUUGGUAUUGAUAUUCUUGUUAUAGGUCAGAGAAGGAGUCUUUCUAAUGUAAUACUAAGGCCUAAAAGAAGUGUAUCACUAAGAGGGCUGGGGCUGGAUAUGGCAGAUUAUUUGAUUGACAACAGCAAAUGCACCUGUGUUGCAGUUCAGAAGAAGGGCCAAACAGCAGGAUAUCUUCUCAACACCAAAACUCAUAGAAAUUUCUGGCUCUUAGCAUAAUACUAAUUUUUAUAUGUAUAAAUUAGUUUCUUCAUCCACCUUUUUCUGGUACUAAAUGGCUUGCACUCUAUAUACUUCUCUAUUUUAUUUGGUUAUAUCUACAUAAGAGUUGCUGUUUGUCAAUUUUGUGGAUAUAAAUAGGAAUAGAUGUCAUUUCAUUCUGCUAUAAUCAUUGCGAAGGCUUAUGUAAUGCCAAAGUACAAGAACACAAACAGUAUUGUACCUGUAUUCUCUGAAAGUUACUGGACAUGCAGUGUUUA